UAUUACUCUUAUCAUAUAUUAGCUAUAGCCUUUAAAUUAGAUCUAUAUGUUAAAUUAUAUCAUUUGUUGAAUUCACAUACAUUUUCCUCUAUAAUUGAUUUAUGGCCGAAACAAAACCAACACCCCCAUGACUUAACAACAGCCAUUCCACUAAAAUUGUUCAAACCCGGUACUAUCCUCCUCCUCUUCUUCUUAUUCUUCUCAAAGUUCUAAGCCACAAAAAAACAAUGGCUGACGAAGAGUACAAGUAUUGGUUGGAUCAUUGUUACGUUCCUCCUGAGGAAGAAGAGGAGGAUGAUGGUGAGGAAGCUAUCAUUGCUGAACGGGUAAAAAUAGUACUCCCUUCAUCAUCAUCACAGAGUCAAUCACAAGCCAAAUCACCUUAUGAAAAGAGGAAGGGAGCUGGUUCCACAUCAGAGAAACUACUUGAUGCAAAGAGAGACCGCAAGAAAAAGCCGUCUAAGGAAAAAGAAUACGCUGAUGAGGCUCUUACGGUGGCUUCUGAGGCACAAAAUAGUAAGGUAUGUCAAGAGUUUUGGGUAGCUAGAAGAAAGGAGAACCCAGAAUUUCUGAAAUUAAGGUUUCAAUGUCCUUCACACUUGGAUAAGUUGAAAGCAUGUUCUAAAGAUAUGAAGGCUAUAGGUGAUGUAGCUUUGAAAACACAUGCAGAUCCAUCAUCAGCUGAGGUGAGGGUAUGUGGGAAAGAAAAUGAGGACAAUCAUGAAUUAAGGGCUUUUGGUGAGGGUUUUAGGGACAGUGAUAGUGUUGCUUAUGAAGAACCUCAUACUUCAUAUAAUGUGGGCCACACUACUUCAAAUGAUAAUCCAAAUAAAAGGCAGAUACAGCUAAAUGAUAAAAAACAAUUUGGUAAAGUCAAUAAGCUUCAACAUUCUGUUAGCGUGUCUCUGGAGGAAGAGGAACAUAGCAUUCCUCUGGAAGUGACACAUAGAAGAGCUACUCAAGAGAAUCAGCCAAUUCCAGACAAUGAUAAAUGGGAUGAUUUCACAAUAGGAGUUUUCUUGGAAGUAUGUGUUCAGGAAAUAGCUGCUGGGAAUAGGCCUCAUGAUGACUUUAACAAAGAGGGAUGGAACAAUGUGGUUGCCAAGUUUAAUGGAAAAACUGGUAAAAAUUAUGAUCAUAGGCAAUUGAAAAAGGAACUGGACAAUCUAAAAAAUGAUUUUACUUUAUGGGCAAAGCUUGUUGAAAGUCAAACUGGUUUAGGAUGGGAUCCUAUUAAAAAAACUGUCAAAGCACCUCCCAAAUUUUGGGAAUCCAGAAAAAAGGAGAACCAUGCAUUUCUAAAAUUUGAGCAUCAAGGUCCUCCACACUUAGAUAAGUUGGAAGCUUGCUUUGAAGAUGCUAUAGGUACAAGUUAUGUAGCUAUAUAUGCAGAUCCAUCAUCAAAUGCGGUGGGGUUUUAUGGUGAAGAGAAUGAGGAUAAUCUUGAAUUAAGGGCUAGUGUUGCUAAUAAAGAAACUUAUCAUUCACAUAAUGCAGAGCCUGGUCCUUCAAGCUAAGAAGCACUCUGGCAAACUUUUGUGCAUUUGAUGCGAGAUGAUCCUAAGUUGGCAUUUGGUUGGCUCAACACUUUUACAUUGGAGGACCUGAAGAAUUUGACUGGCUGAACACAAUGCCUUUUCUAGUUCGGAUUAAGGCUAUGGUUGUAUGUUUUGUUUGCUAUUAGUGGUGUAUUGACUUUGAGUUGAUGGUUAUGAGAGGUUUAGUUAUCGUACUCAGUUUAUACUUUAUAUCCUCACUCUAUGAUAUAACUAGUUGUGCAUGAUUACUUCGAAAUAGACAAAAGACGUGGAAGCUUUGGAAGAUGUACUGUAGAAUCAACCUCAACCUAUUUUAGUGAUGAGGGUGCAUGGUCAUAAA